GCCCCAUCUUCCCCCACGCCUCGGCAAUCCAAAGCCCUCCUCGUCCUCGCAGAGCAUCCAUUGCCUCGAUUUUCUAUUCCAAAUUCCCCCACGCGAAGAACAGCCAGCGCCCUCCUCCUCCUCCUCCUUCGCCUUCCUCCUGGUUUCUUGCCAUCUUUCCAGGGAAGGAGGAACCGCGGCCCGGCCGCAUUCUUGGACAAGAAUUGUUGGCAUAAAGGAACAUUUUGUUGAUGUUCUAAUGGAGUCAAAAGGUGGCAAAAAGAAGUCUAGCAGUAGUAGUUCCAUGUACGAAGCUCCCCUAGGCUACAAGAUUGAGGACGUUCGCCCAGCCGGAGGAAUCAAGAAGUUCCAGUCUGCUGCUUACUCCAACUGCGCUCGCAAGCCAUCCUGAUAUUCCUUCACAUGCCUUUCCCCGUAGAGUAGGAAUUUCCUGCAAUUUUUCCUUUGUUUUGUUGCAAUAAAUCUCCCUUGGCUGGCUGCUUUCUCAAUCUCUUCCCUUGUCUUCUCCGAUCUCUUCUUUCCUGUCUUGUCCACUGCUCCUUGCAACACUUGAUCAAAUGUCGAUGUCCUUGGCUGAUUCUUGGGGCUCUGCCCCUGCCUCGCCCAUUGGGUUUGAAGGCUAUGAGAAGCGCCUUGAGAUAACAUUGUCUGAUGCGCCCGUCUUUGUGGACCCCUGUGGUCGCGGCCUUCGUGCCCUCUCACGUGAGCAGAUCGACUCGUUCUUGGAUCUUGCAAAGUGUACCAUUGUAUCCCAUCUUUCGAACAAGCACUUCGACUCAUAUGUGCUUUCAGAGUCGAGCCUUUUUGUUUAUCCCCACAAGGUUGUUCUGAAGACCUGUGGUACAACAAAGCUUCUGCUCUCCAUUCCUCGCAUCCUUGAGCUUGCUGCAGAGUUGUCACUGCCUGUUCUAUCAGUGAAGUACUCUCGUGGGAUGUUCAUCUUCCCUGGAGCGCAGCCAUCACCGCAUCGCAGCUUCUUGGAGGAGGUUUCUGUGCUCAACAGCUUCUUUGGUGGCCUCAAGUCAGGUGGCAAUGCUUAUGUCAUUGGUGAUGCAUUCAAGCCCAAGAAGAAGUGGCAUGUCUACUAUGCCACAGAAGAGCCUGAGCAGCCCAUGGUUACACUCGAGAUGUGCAUGACUGGGCUGGAUGCUAAGAAAGCUGAGGUGUUCUUCAAGGAUUCCACUGAUGGCUCCUGCUCAUCAGCUAAGGAGAUGACUAUGUUCUCUGGGAUUUCUGAAAUCAUCCCUGAGAUGGAGAUUUGUGACUUUGAGUUUGACCCGUGUGGGUACUCAAUGAAUGGCAUUUAUGGUCCCGCCGUCUCCACGAUCCAUGUCACUCCUGAGGAAGGUUUCAGCUAUGCAAGCUAUGAAGCAAUGAACUUCAAUCCUAGCUCCUUGGUCUACGAUGAUUUGAUCAAGAAGGUCCUGGCUUGUUUCUGCCCUUCAGACUUUUCGGUCGCUGUUACCAUCUUCGGUGGGCAUGGUUUUGCCAAAUCAUGGGCAAAAGGUGCAGAGGUUGAUUCCUACAUGUGCGAUGAUCUUGUUGAGCAAGAGCUUCCUGGUGGCGGUGUGCUGAUGUAUCAGAGUUUUACUGCUGUUACUCCUGGUGCUGUGUCACCGAGGUCGACCUUGGAUGGCUGGAACAGCGAUGGAGCAGAGAUGGUUGCGAAGAGCAAAGAGAUGAGUGUCUGCUGGGAAGGAGAGAAGGCGGCGAAGAAGAAAGAUGCAGAUGCCUGAGAAAUCGGCAGUUCUUCAACCUCAAGUUGCAAGUUUGAUUCAUCUGAAGUUUCUGAGACGCCUUAUUUGGUUCUGCUCUUGCAGUUUCGGUUAAGCAGCUGGCUGGGCUACCGGCAAAGCAUAUGUUACUUGUUCAUUGUUCUUUUAUAUCUGUCUGCCCAAAUAAGUGCUCUAGAUGGUUUGCUGCGUCUGCCAUAGUGAGCAAUUCAGAUUGUAGUAGAAUUCUUAUCUGUUGCCGAUGCUCUUUAAGGGAGAAUGAUAUGUAACUCGAUUAUUUUCAAUAACUAUUGCAACUUCCAUAAUUUUCUGUC